AUGAAUGCGAUGACGACGGUGGUGACGGUGCGGCGCCGUGUGGUGUGCGCCGUGUUGGUCAUUGCGCUCUUGUGCUGCUGCUCGUUCGUGUGCGUGACAGCGACAGGAGAGGAUAAUGAUGAUAACAGCAGUCCUCCCAGCCCUAAGGCAAGGACACCAGAUCAUACAAAAAAUGCCCUUGGUGCAUUACAGCCAGAUGCUGAGGAAGCCGGUGGGUCACAGAGAGACAGUGGGAGAAACAGAGAGGAAGGUUUAAGAAGACAAGGGCCUUCUUUGCCAGCGGAAGCAGGCACGGCCAUCACUGGACAGACACGAGUUUCGCCAGAGAAAAUGAGUUCGGCUAACGAUAAUCCAGAGCCACGAGGUUUGGCAACUCAGUCUCCACAUACACAAGAUGCGACUGGUGUGUCAGAUGCACAAAAUAAAAAAGCGCAAGAAAAUACACAAGGUGAUGAGAACCAUAAGGCACAGGUAUCAAAUCAGAAGAUCAAAAUUUCAAAUGUAACUACAACGACUACAGAGGCGCCAACCACGACGACCACUACAACAACGACGACGACCGCUGCACCAGAGGCACCAAGUACUACGACGACAGAGACGCCAACCACGACGACCACCCGCACACCGUCACGUCUUCGCGAAAUCGACGGCAGCCUCAGCAGCUCUGCGUGGGUGUGUGCCCCGCUGCUGCUCGCCGUAUCCGCGCUGGCGUACACCACUCUGGGCUGA